AUGAGCAAACAAAAACCAGCAACAACUGUUACUAGUGGUGCAGCAGCGAUGCCUACCACCACCAUGAACAAUUCUGCUGCCGCUGUGCUGCCCCGACCUAUGCGUCGGGUGCUUCAAAAUUUUCUGCUGGUAUGGCUUGAUGCCAAUUUGGAUGAAUCCAAGAAAGAUUUCAAGAAAUCACUUCGACAUCUGCGACGUGUUGUGGCGUCUAUUACAACAUUUACGGAUGCUCAAGAAUGCGUCAAUUUUCUCAGCGAAAUAAAACGAGAAAAAGUAUUUAUGAUUGUAUCUGGUUCACUGGGACAGCAUGUAAUACCAGAUAUCGAAGCAUGGCCACAAUUGGAGUCAGUUUAUGUUUUCUGUCGUGACCAAGUGGCUCAUGAACAAUGGGCCAGCAAAAUAUCUAAGGUAAAGGGUGUACAUACGAAAAUCAAACCGAUUUGUAAGGCCUUACAAAUCGAUCGUGAAAAUUGUGAUCGAGCGAUGAUCUCGAUCAGUUUUAAUGGCAUUGAUCCGUUAUUUAUGUAUACCCAAUUAUUGAAAGAAACGCUUUUGGAUAUUGAAGACGACGAUGCAAAAUCAAUUAAAGAACUUGCUGAAUACUGCCGUCUUCAAGAUGAUAUUGAUGAAAGUAAAAUUAGGAAGAUCGAAAAAGAAUAUCGUGACCAUACACCAAUAUGGUGGUAUACAGCACCAUACUUUAUUUAUUCAAUGCUCAAUCGUGGCCUUCGCCUAAUGGACGUCGACAUUAUAAUUAAAAUGGGUUUUUUUAUUCGUCAUUUACAUCAAUAUAGAAAUUUUUCAGAAAUCACGCAAGCUUAUUGCAUACAUUUGUAG